AUGCCACCUGCUUUACGGCAUUCGAGCCUCUUUCGAUGGGGCCAUUGCCCGCGAACCAGGUUCCGCUUCUUGUUGCACCACCAUCGCUUCUUUGCGGCUGUGGCGAACGCAUUGAGGCCUUACGAUGUCGUGGUCAUCGGAGGUGGUCAUGCAGGAACCGAAGCCAGUGCCGCCGCUGCCAGAUCAGGUGCUCGUACAGCACUCGUCACUCCGUCAUUGUCCAACUUGGGCGUCUGUUCCUGCAAUCCUAGUUUUGGGGGGAUAGGCAAGGGGACAAUGAUCCGAGAGAUUGAUGCGCUCGACGGAGUCGCGGGUCGCAUAAUCGAUAAAGCUGGGAUCCAAUUUCGCAUGCUGAACAUCAAAAAGGGUCCUGCGGUCUGGGGGCCCCGAGCACAAAUUGAUCGAGACUUGUACAAGAGAUAUAUGCGAGAAGAGAUGUUGUCAACCCCAAACCUGAGCGUACUAGAGGGCAAAGUCGCCGAUAUCAUCGUUUCAAGAGAGGGCAUAGAGGCGGGCGACAAGAUAUCGCAGGGACGCAUAACCGGGAUUCGUCUGGAAAGUGGUCAAGUCAUUCCUGCCUCCCAUGUGGUCAUCACCACGGGGACCUUUCUCGGCGGCGAGAUUCAUAUUGGGCUGGAGGCUUAUCCUUCUGGUCGAAUGGGUGAGGCUGCAACCUUUGGCCUGAGUAAGUCUCUACGGAGCGCAGGCUUCACCUUGGGACGACUGAAGACUGGAACUCCUCCACGGCUGGACCGCGACACCAUCGACUUCAGUGUUUUACAAGUGCAGCCAGGCGAUUCACCGCCAACACCCUUUUCCUACCUAAACAAUACUGUUGAGAUUGGAGAUGCCGGCCAAUUGAAUUGCUGGACCACCUACACCAACGAAGCGUCCCACGAGAUUAUCCGAGCCAAUCUGGACAAAUCAAUUCAUAUUCGAGAAACGGUGAAGGGCCCUCGAUAUUGUCCGUCUCUGGAGUCCAAGAUUAUCAAAUUCAAGGAUAAGCAAAGGCACAUGAUUUGGUUGGAGCCCGAAGGCCUUGAGCCAAACAAAAUCAUCUACCCCAAUGGCAUCAGCAUGACCGUGCCAGCCGACGCGCAGUACGCCAUGCUGAGAACCGUCAAGGGCCUUGAGAAUGUCAAAAUGCUCCAACCUGGGUAUGGCGUCGAGUAUGACUAUAUUGACCCACGAAAUCUAUUCCCAACACUCGAGACAAAGCUCAUAAAAGGGCUUUUCCUCGCAGGCCAAAUCAACGGCACCACGGGUUACGAGGAAGCUGCCGCCCAGGGGAUAGUGGCAGGCAUAAAUGCCGGCUUGUCCGCUCAAGGGAAAGGCCCAUUCACUCUCUCCCGCGCCGAAGCAUUCAUCGGGAUCUUGAUCGAUGACCUCAUCACAAAGGGCGUGAGUGAACCGUACAGAAUGUUCACAGCACGAAGUGAAUACCGCAUGAGCUGUCGCGCCGACAAUGCGGAUUUGCGUUUAACCGAGAAAGGUCGCAUGGCCGGCGUUGUAGGCGACACGCGCUGGUCCCAUUUUACGAGCACUCGAGACCAAAUGGCAGAGUUGCAGAGAAAACUCGAAGAAGUUCGGUAUCCAAGCCCGGAAUGGGUGAAAAUGGGAUUCCCUUCACGAAUCGACUCGAACCGUCGGAGCGCCUUUGACAUGCUUCGCGUGACUGGCGUCGACAUGAAGGGUAUCUCAGAGCGCGUCCAAGCCCUCCCGUCCAUCUCCCAUUACUCACCCAAAAUUCAGGACAGGGUACGAAUUGAAAGCCUGUACGCUCCGUACAUAUCCUUUCAACAGAAAGCCGCGCAGUCAUUUGAGAGAGACGAGGCUCUCGCUCUACCCGUGGACCUGGAUUACGAUUCAGUUUUCGGGUUGAGCAUUGGUGAGAGGGAAGUGCUGAAGCUGGUGCGGCCGGCCAGUGUCGGGAUGGCCAGAAGGAUCGAGGGAGUAACGCCGAAUGGGGCGCUGCGGCUGUUGAAGUAUGCGAAGAGGAAUGGCCGCACCAAGAUUGCAGAGGAUGAAUUGAUGCCUAAAAGCGAUGGAGCUCCCGUUGAAGGAUCUGUUGCUGUGUAA